UCUGUUUUGUAUCAGCCGCAACAAACAGGUAAUCGCCUUCGGUUUCUUCGUUUUGUCAUAACUAAUAUCCUGCAUUUGUUGCUAAAUUUUGUAUGGAAUGCCAGAAAUGGGUGAAAAAAGUAGUGGAAACAAAGUAAAGAAAUCAAAAAAUGAUUUAUUUCGCACUUCUUUGGGAUAUUAUCUAAAGCAGAAAAGUUAUGUGGGUAGCGAGAAAUUUCGAAAAUCUGAUUUCCUCCUACUGCAGAAUAAGCAACAGUUUAUGGUGCAAAAGAUGCUGGAUCUCGAUCUACAAUGUGGGAAUAACUUCGCCUUCUCCAAUGUACUCUGCAUCACAAACAAUCAUCACAUUGUUGAUCAACAAUUUGGGCGUUUUUCGCAAUUUGUUGAAGCACAAAACGACUUUAUACGACUAGAAUUGCGACGCUUCUAUGCGCCUAUGUUGUGCCAUCUUUAUCUGGAGUUGAUGAAAGCGCGCGAACAAAAGGCUGCUGUUGAGUUACUUAAAAAAUAUGCGCAAUUAGUGUCGCCUGUAGAAACGUACGAUGCGCCUUUGCCAACGAAGAUCAAUGGCUGUUCCGUUUCGAAUGACACGCAUGCUGAUCAAGCUAACGCUACCACUCCGCACACCAGCAUACGCUUUGUCAGUCCGUCGAGUGAGACGCCCGUUGAUCCCGAAUUAAUGUAUUUCAUAAAGCUCAUACAAACACUCUCGUCUUGCACCAAACUGGAGACGGCCGAAAGUGAUCCAGAUGUUGCACAAUUCCGUUCGUCCAAAUAUGAGAUACACACUACCGAAGCGGUAGUAGAUACUUUACGGGAUUAUUUGGAAAAACGUGGGCAUGUACUAAUACUCAAUCUAUUGUAUUCAUGGAUGCAUGUGCACGUUGUCGAUAAUGAAGUGCACAAAUGGAGCGAAGAUAAUAUAAUAUUGGGGUUUGAGGCCGCUGAAGAUGACGAGGAGGGAAAAACUGAAUUUCCUGAGGUCAAACCGAAAGUUAACGUUGCUGCUGAACGCUCGAGUAUUAAGCGUAUUGCGGAAGAUCCUCCAGAUGUUUUAAUGGUCAAGACUGAGAAGUUGGAAAAUAUCUCUGAUGAAAUAAAAAAUUUGCGAGCACAACAAGUAGCAGAAAGCUUGCAAACCUUGCAAGCAUGCAAUGAGCAGAUGCUAAAGGCUCAAACACUCUACCCCUAUUUCAUAAAAUUAGCCGAUCGCGGCAGAGGGCUUUCAUCCGCUCACGUAGAUGCCAGUGAAUGCCAUUUAGUAGCCGGUUUUAACAAUUCAGUGGUGCAGCUUUGGCAGCUAAAUCAGCAAACUUGUAGCGGGAAGAAUCUAUACGCACGCUUCGCGGAUUCUGCUUGUCGGUGGGAGCUAAACAACCUUUGUGCGGAGGAGUCCGAGACUGAAGAUCACAUUGACUUGGAUGUUAGAGAACAUGCGCGCCUCAAUAACAACGACCGACUGAAACGAAAAUACGAAGCUGGCAAAUACGAGAGCAAUUCCUUCAAUGAGUAUGGUGGCAUACAGUUGCGUGGUCAUGGCGCUGGUGUAACAGACGUACGCUUCUCCGCACAUUAUCCCCUCCUUUAUAGCUCAUCUAAAGAUAGCACCUUACGUAGUUGGCGGGCUGACAGCUAUGGUUGCGCAUGUAUAUAUCGCGGUCAUCGAUAUCCAGUUUGGUGUCUCGAUGAGAGCCCGGUAGGCAUGUACAUUGCUACUGGUUCAAAGGAUCUCACAGCGCGUUUGUGGUCACUGGAACGUGAUUUUCCACUAAUAACCUAUGUUGGUCACACACAGGAUGUGGAGUGCAUCGCUUUUCAUCCGAAUGGUAAUUAUCUUGCCACUGGUUCUGCAGAUCUGUCCGUGCGUUUAUGGUGCGUUACAAGUGGUAAACUAAUGCGUGUCUUCUCCGAUUGCAAGCAACCCGUAACAAAUAUCGCAUUCAGUCCGGAUGGCAAAAUGUUGGCCGCUGGUGGUGAAGAGUUGAAAAUACGUAUUUUCGAUUUGGCCGCAGGCGCGCAGCUUAACGAGCUGAAAGAUCACACAGCCACCGUAAACAGUAUUUCAUGGAGUAAGAGCGGUCGGCAUUUGGCGUCAGUAUGUCGUGAUGGCACUCUACGCGUGUGGGAUGUAAAAAAGUUAUCGCCCAUGAAUGACAACAGCAGUGGCAGUAGCACAAAUUCCUCCUCAUCAUCUUCAACUGCUUUGAAUCGUGCAAUGGCGCUGAGCAGCAAUUGUCAGCGUCUGGUGAAAGUGGCAUUUAGUAAACAAGAUGAAAUGGUGUGUGCUAUAGGCAGCUAAGGCUUCAAAAUAUUACCCUUAGGAUUUAAAAUUGUAUCUGGUAUGAACUGUAAGAUUUCUGAAAACAGCAAUGGCUGAACCGAAGCACACUGAUUAGUUAGUAGUAGUGGAGCAGCUGAUUUCAUUUAUUAUCUAUGUGUUGUCUUAAUUGUAAGUGGUUAUUUAUAGAUUUGGACAUUCUAGAGACCAAAAGCGAAAACAAAAUAAAUUACUUCUUGUUUUUGUUCUACUACUACUAGCAAAGAUGCGAAAAGAAGAUAGUCGCACUCAAUGCCAUAACAGUUCUCGUCAUCGAAAUAUAGCGACCAGAUUAAAAAAGCUAAUUAAUUUUCUUUCAACUGCCUUAAAUUCAAUUUUAUGAAAUAAUAUAGAAAUAAAAUUAGUUGCGCAUUUACUCGUACAAGCUGUAAAUACUGAAGAUACUAAUACAAGGAAGCCGGUUUACAGUUUUUUAAACUUCGAAAUAUCAUAAUUUAUUUGAACUAUUAACAAUUUGGAAGCGUUGCUAGUAAUAUGAACAAGUUGUGAAACUUCAAGAACCCCUGCAAGCGUAAAAAAAUUUCAAGUGAAACUACCUUCUUUUUAUGCAUCUUCCCUGUGCAGCGGCCUGAACAAAUUAAUUUUAGG